CGACAGCCAUUGACGUGGAGUAUCAGUCGAUACUCAAAAAUAAAAGCGAAAUACCUAAACAUUUCAACUUGUUCGCCAUUAUCAUCAUUUUUCUUCUAGGAUUCUUCCCCCUCUGAUCUGCGUCGAAAUUUCCGUCAAUUUCUAUAUCAAUCUGGCAAUGGUGGGAGGCAACAACAGUAAGAACAUACAAGCAAAGCUGGUGCUCCUCGGAGACAUGGGAACGGGGAAAACAAGUAUGGUUAUGAGAUUUGUAAAAGGCCAAUUUUAUGAGUAUCAGGAGUCCACGAUUGGAGCCGCAUUUUUCACACAGGUUUUAUCGAUAAAUAAAAGUAGCGUAAAGUUUGAUAUAUGGGACACGGCUGGACAAGAACGUUAUCAUAGCUUAGCUCCAAUGUACUAUCGUGGUGCAGCUGCUGCUGUUGUGAUUUAUGGUAUCACCACCAUGGUUUCCUUUCAGCGAGCAAAGAAAUGGAUUGAGGAACUACAAAGACAAGGGGACCCACAUUUGGUUAAGGUUUUGGUGGCCAACAAAGCAGACUUGGAUACAAAAAGAGAGGUUCAGAUUGAGGAGGGGAAGCGGUACGCUAUAGAAAAUGGGUUGCAUUUUUUUGAGACUUCUGCAAAAACGGGCGAGAACAUAAACGAGCUCUUCUAUGAAAUAGCAAAGAGGGUUGCACAAGCUGCCCCUUCAAAUCCGAGUGGAAUGAAACUACAAAGCGUAACACAAGAGAAAGGAAGAAGUUCAUUCUGCUGCACUUCAUGAAACUCCAGUCCGUUAAAUGUGACUACUUGACGGGGGGACAUGACAUCAGAGCUGAAAUACGAUGCACGUAUUGAGGUGUAUUCCGUGUAUAUAUAGACUGUAUAUAUAUGAUGUACAAUGCAACUUAAUUCAUAGCUACUUAAUUCU